AUGGGGACUUGGCGAGAUGGCGCAUUUAGCGGACUAACUGGAUUCCUUUCACCCGUUGACUUGGAAGAGAAACUACCCGUUGAAUACAAAGACUGGGAGAAAACUAUUGCCAAUCUACCAGCGCUAUUGCGAGGGGGCAUAGCUCACAGAGUGAUUGCAUCACUUUGGGUUGACCUGGAAACACUGGCUAAUCUUCCGGACCAGUUUCUGCAGCGGUCAGCCAUUAUUGUCAGUUCACUCCUUCACGCAUUUGCAUUUGACCUGCAAAACCUGGGAUACAGCCGGCGUGACGUGUGUCUUCCGUCCAAUCUAGCCCAAGCUUGGGGCGCUAUAUGCUUCCGUUUGAACAGACCCGUGCCAAUGCGGACGGUCGCCGAUGAUAUACUUAACAAUGUUCGAUAUCGGGACGGACAAGCCACACUGGCGAUUGAGUACUUUGACCUUCCCGAAGAGCGGCUGACCGCAGGUAUACAACUGAGGAUGGAACAGGCGUUUGUGCCAGCCUUGGAGUUGAUGGUAAACGCCCAAAAGCUCCUUCACGCUUAUAAUGAGUUGGCAAUUGCCAAUGCCAUUUCAGGCGUUUCCGAGUGCGUGGUUCGUUGUGGUGCCCAUUUCCUGAGCGUCCCGUUUCAGAACCUGGAAGAGUUCGAUCCCGUUAUAUGGGGAAAGUCAUAUCCCGAGGCCGGGCGGCCUGUGAUGCCAAAUGGCCUCACGAACAGUGGGGUGAACGCCCCUCUCUUUCAUGCAUUGGACGCCUUUAUUGGUACGUCUGAUGAUGGGCUAGGAAACGAUCUCUUCCAACAGCAAAAGAUCCGCCGCACUAAAAUGCUGCCGGCCCCUAUCCAGCGGUUCAUUGAAGCUCUAGGGGAUCCGCGACAUAGCGUCCGGUCGUAUGUGAACGAUCGUGAUGUGCCACGAGCCGCAGCGGCUUUCGACGCCUUGAUACAGUCAUAUGCCUGGCUACUCGAAAAGCAUCGGAUAAGAGCCAUUGGAACCGUAAGCACCGCGUCUGCGGCUGGCCGAGUGGAAACUGCCGGUGGCACCCGGCAAGAGACGUCGGGUCUAACCCUCGGCGAACAUCUCAGCAGACAAAUGAAACAGGCUAUAGAAGCCCGUCUGGGCACCAGACCGCGAACACUCGUAUCUGCAUUGAUAUCACGGAAACCGACCGGGAGGAGAGCUAUGAUGGUUACGCUGCGUCUUCCGUGCUUGCUCCCUAUUCGGCCGGGAGAUCGGAUUCAGAUCUGGCCUACCGGGGACAGGUUCUCGUGUGGACAGAAUCAGUGCUCAUCGGAUAAAAACAUGCUUCAGUCUAUUACCUGCAACUCCACCUCCACCCCCUCAACCCUACCUUCUGAUAUGCCGUCGGUCCAUCCCCGCCAUUAUUCAGUAUCCAUGGUCGACAAGGGAGAAAGCGAACUCGCACAGCAGAUUACUCUCAGUGUAGCAGUCCCCGGGGGGCAGUGUGUCAGGUUUCUGCGCGACAGCCAAAUUGGACAAAUGAUUAAAAUGAGAGUAAGCCCAGCGCCUCAUUUCUGGGCUCCAGCAGAGUCGGAGGUCCCUCUUCUGCUUCUGGCCCAAGGUGCCGGGGUUGGCCCGUUUCUUGGGUUUUUGAACGGGAGGCAACAGCGAGCGAGCCCGGACGCAGGACGGGUAAUUCUUAUCCUCAGUGCACGAACAAUUGACGACGUUCCGUACCUCCCAGAGCUAAAGGCCCUCUCCAAAACACUUCCGCUAACAGCUUACCUGGCUCUGUCCUGCGGCAAAUGCCAAUUUCUGGAACGCGGCAAUAUGACGCAACGUCCAGAGAUCAUGAAAGCACAAGACCUGAUACUUACACUGCGGCAAGAAAUUAAGGCAUUGCUUAAAGGAAAUGGACAUGCCUAUGUAUGCGGCGGUCUGGAUUUUGGCUGCUCCAUUCGGUCAGUUUUAUUCACCCUUUACCCGCUGGACGAGAGUCGAUAUCAUGAAGAAUGCCACAGUCGGGCCAUGCCCGUCGAACCGAAGCAGCGCUUCACUUUUCUGGACUUGUCUCAGCACAAUGAAAUCUCUAGUCUCUGGAUUGCACUUAACGGAAUAGUCUACGAUGUUACACAGUUCGGUGACGUACAUCCUGGAGGCAUCAAGGCCUUGGUUGAAGUCGCUGGAACGGAGGCGGACGACCGAUUUGAGCAGGCUCACUCUGGUAGCGGAGCCCAAGGACGGCUGGCACAAUACGCCAUUGGAACCCUUCAGGGAGGGGAUUUGUCUCCCAAUCAUGGGAAGGUUCUUCGAGAAAUCGUCCUCUGCCAGAAUGCGCUGACCAACAGCACACUGUUUGCUCCUAGCCGCCAGGUGCCUUUUUUCGUGUUCUCCGCCAGCCUCCUCGUCACGUGGAACCGGCUGAAGGGAAUACUUCAUACUGUACGGACUGCACCCCAACUUCUCAGGAUACCAGAACAUAUGGACCAAACCCUGAAGCAACUUAGGGCCGAGAGUUGGAGGUAUCUAAGUGUGUCCACAAAAGCCACCUUGGCCUUCAGAGAAAAGAAGAUUCGCCUCAUAUAUUCCAGCCACUGGAAUCAAUUCCACUGCCUUUUCCAUGGAAUGAAAAAUUCGUUUCGCCCGGAAGGGGAUUAUCUCUUCUCCCUCUUAAACAGCAGCGUCCUUAGCAUCUAUCGAUCUGUGAAACGAAGUACCAACGCCUUACGACGGGGCCUCGGUCAAGACAUGGGGCCAAAUGCGGUCGGGCAGAAUAUCAAACGCAUACAGGGGCUGGAGAAUAGCAAUCUGCGAGCGAGGGAUUUGGAGGGUAGUGCCAUCAACUCCUAA